GUGCGUUUGAUUUGGGGGAAAAAAUCAUGAACCCUAAAUUGGAAGGAUGGUCAAAGGGGGAGAGAUUUGGAAGCAUUUGGGAUCCCAAAUGAAGAACGAAAUUGGAAAGCCACGUGAAACCAAAAAAAAACAGAGUCGAGAGUGGAGAGCGUAGUCCGAGCAAGCCGCCAGGUGUUCCUAUGGCGUAAUUUGUACAAGAUUCACGCCUUCCACGUCCGGCGCUGACAAAACAACGAACACCAAUCCGUUCUUCGCGCUCUGCUCGAUUCCCGAGAGAAUCGAAUCCCAAUUCCGACGCUCCACGCUGCAAUUCUCUGUAACUGCGAACUGACAGUCACCCAUUAAUGGAUUCCCGGCAAUUGGCUGCUUUACUCUCUUCUUUGAUCUCCCAACUACUCCUACUGCUAUUGCUACUCUUCCCUUCCUCCAACCCACAUUCCCUUUUGUCCAAUUCUUCAUCUGAUUCCAAUUUCUAUGCUAAUCUCUUUCCUCUCUUCAAUCACUUCCUGUUUUCCCAGCAAAUUGCUGCAUCCCUUUCGUUUCUCUCCGUUUCGCGUAAGAGGAAGAGGACGCAUUCGUCGGAGCUGCUUGAAUUAGGGCCAUCCGACAGCGGUGGUGAGGACGGCGGCCGUGGACGAGUCCAUCUGUUGCGGACUCGGAGUCCUGAUUCUUUCAGGAAUCACUUUCGAAUGACCUCCUCGACGUUUGAAUGGCUCUCUGGUUUGCUCGAGCCGCUUCUCGAAUGUCGCGACCCGGUAGGUUCGCCUCUUGAUCUCUCCGCGGAGAUUCGACUCGGUGUUGGCUUGUCUCGGCUGGCCACUGGCUGCGAUUUCUCGACGAUUUCGGACCAAUUUGGCGUCUCGGAGUCUGUAGCGAGGUUCUGUGCUAAGCAAUUGUGUCGUGUUCUCUGCACUAAUUUUCGCUUUUGGGUUGAAUUCCCUUGCCCCAGUGAGCUUGAAUUAACAUCCUCGGCCUUUGAAGAUAUUGCUGGGCUUCCGAAUUGCUGUGGCGUGAUUUCUUGUACAAGUAUUGUUGCAGGAUUUCGUGGCGAUAAAGACGACUCGACGGUGCUUAUGUCCACAACGCUAUUUAAAGACAUUGAAGAAGGAAGGCUACUGGGUUCUCCUCCUGUUUACCUUCAUGGGAUGGCUGUGAAUCAAUACUUAUUUGGACAUGGCGAAUAUCCAUUGCUUCCAUGGUUAAUGGUGCCUUUUGCAGGAGCUGUUUCAGGGUCUACUGAAGAGAGUUUCAAUGAAGCUCAUCGAUUGAUGUGCAUUCCAGCUCUGAAAGCCAUCAUUAGUUUGAGAAAUUGGGGAGUUUUGAGCCAACCAAUGCAUGAGGAAUUCAAAACUGCUGUUGCAUACAUUGGUGCUUGCUCAAUUCUUCACAAUGCUUUGUUGAUGAGGGAGGAUUUUACUGCCAUGGCUGAUGAAUGGGAGAGCUUAGCUUCACUCGAUCAUAGCUCUCAGUAUGUUGGUAUUGGAUUGAAUGAGGAUUCACCUGAUGAGAAGGCUUCUAUGAUACAGAAAGCCUUGGCUCUGAGAGCUAGAGAGCUUCACACUUAAAAUUUCAAGCUCAAGAACCCAGUUGAUUGGUGGAAUAAGUACAGAUCAUUUGAAAGAGAUUUCAUCUCUUAGGAUAUUUAUUGAAGGCAGCUCAUCCAGCUCCAUUCAACAAUUACUGUUGUAGGUAAUUGACGAUUCUUUUACAAAUUAUUAUAACAACGCGUUCUUCUUCUAA